ACCCUGUCCAUCUCAUCUCAUCCAGUAACAAUGGCUUCGCUUUCAAUGGAAAUAGCCACCACCUUCUUCUCCUUCACUUCUCGCCAACAAACCUCCACGCUUUCCAAACUUCCGACCACACUCCUUCCCGUUGUCUUUAAACCCCAAGCCCGGAACUUAUCUUUCAAAACGACGCCGUCUUCUUUUCACUCCAAACUCAUCGCCGUUAACUUCGCCAAACCCAGCCGUAGGUUCUCAGUCGCUGCGACGGCUACGACGGCAAGCGAUGAAUCUGAUGUGGCGACGAAAAUCCCGCCAGAUAAUAGAAUUCCCGCCACGAUUAUUACCGGUUUUUUAGGUUCUGGAAAGACGACACUGCUUAAUCAUAUCUUGACGGCAGAUCAUGGGAAGCGCAUAGCUGUUAUUGAGAAUGAGUUUGGUGAAGUGGACAUUGAUGGUUCACUAGUUGCAGCCAAAACUACUGGGGCUGAGGAUAUAGUUAUGCUUAACAAUGGCUGUUUGUGUUGUACAGUAAGAGGUGAUCUUGUGAGGAUGAUUGCAGAAUUAGUCAGUAAAAAGAAAGGGAAAUUUGACCAUAUUGUGAUUGAAACUACAGGAUUAGCAAACCCAGCACCAAUCAUUCAGACAUUUUAUGCUGAGGAUUCUAUUUUUAACGAAGUAAAGUUGGAUGGUGUUGUCACAUUGGUUGAUGCUAAACAUGCGGGUUUUCAUCUGGAUGAGGUUAAGCCAAAAGGAGUUGUCAAUGAGGCAAUAGAGCAAAUUGCUUAUGCUGAUCGUAUCAUAGUGAAUAAGACUGAUCUUGUUAGUGAGCCACAAAUUGCUUCGUUGGUGGACCGGAUAAAGCACAUAAAUAGGAUGGCUUAUUUGAAACGAACUGAGUUUGGAAAAGUUGACUUGGAAUAUGUUCUUGGAAUUGGAGGUUUUGAUUUGGAGAGAAUUGAUAGUGCUGUAGAUGCAAAGGAAGAUCAUGCUGGUCAUGACCACCAUGACCAUGAUCAUCAUGAACAUGACCAUGACCAUCAUGACCAUGAUGAUGAUCAUCAUCAUCACGAGCAUGAACAUCAUGAUGGUCACCAUUCACAUGAUCACACUCACGAUCCCGGCGUCUCUUCUGUCAGCAUAGUUUGUGAAGGGAUCCUAGAUCUUGAGAAGGCGAACACGUGGCUGGGUACAUUGUUGUUAGAACGUAGUGAUGACAUAUAUCGAAUGAAAGGUCUCCUAUCCGUCCAAGGAAUGGAUGAAAGAUUUGUUUUUCAGGGUGUUCAUGACAUAUUCCAAGGUUCACCGGAUCGGCCUUGGGGUCCAGAUGAACCAAGAAUAAAUAAGAUUGUGUUCAUUGGGAAGAAUUUGGAUGCACAGGAAAUUGAAAAGGGGUUUAAAGCCUGUUUACUAUGAUCUUUGAAACUAAAACUUACAUUGUUCUGACUCUUUGACUGUGAAAGUGGAUUUUUCAGGAACCUUUAAUUGUUGUCAAUAUCUUAAAAUAUAAAGAAAAUACAUGAAAAUUAAUA